AUGGGUGACAACUACAACCAGGCACAGCAGCUUUUACAAAAACAAAAUGCAAUGCUUGACGAAGCUCUCAGUGUCGGAUACGAAAACGAACAAAUAGGGGCUGAGACUCACCAAAUGCUUGUUGGGCAGAGGGAGCAACUUCACAGCGUGAAUGACAAACUUGACAACAUUGAUACCAACGUCACAGUCGCAGACUCGAAAUUGAAACGAAUGACUUUCCGAUUAAUAACAGACAAAAUAGUCCAAAUCGUCAUUAUUGUGUUGUUGGUACUUGCUAUUCUUCUUGUUAUUUUCAUCAAGUGGAUUGCCAUUCCGUAUUUCUAA